AUGCUCCACUUCGUACUCACGCGCUCGAACGAAGGACAAGGAGAUGUCAAGAGCGUUCGGUCGAACGGAACUCACCCUCCCGACGUGAACCAUGCUCUUCCUUCCCCCCGCCGCCUUUUCUACGUGUGUCAAGUAAACAACCAGGUUCUGAAACUUCCCCCUCUAUCGUCAUCGUGCCCUCUUUCUCGUUGUGGUCCGUUCGUGAAACCGAGAAGACACGGCGUAUUUCAAUGGAACGUCGCGAUGGAAGGGGAGGAAGUGGGUUCUUCGACUAGGAUACCUACAAAGUCCACCCCGUUCUCAUUUGCUCAUGUCCUCUUCGACUCUAUUCCACAAGACAGGCAAGGGCUAGCGCUCACCGCUUUCUCCGACCUUCUUUUCCCCUUCUCCUACUCGUGGCCAGCUCUGGGCUGCUGCACAAGAUUCGUAAUAGCUCGAAAGAAAGCCCUUGGUGGUAAACUCCGAGCGCAUGGCCGAGCGGAGUAUAGGCCAGUGCAAAAUCCCGCCGGCCGCCACGCCCUGUGUCGUCCUUUCGACUGUGCCGCUACCUCCACCUCCGUUGGUGAUCGAUGGAGGAUUCGACUAGCCGCUUACCCUUUCGGUUUGUGCGUGGAAUUAAGAACGGCCGUUGACAAAACCUUGUGCUGUGGAGUUCCUAUCUGCAUGAAUGACUACCCUUAUCAACGAUCACGAAGAGCCUCCGGCUUGUUGAAACGACUUUUGACUGCAACUAUCAUCGUGAUACUGGUGCCUUUCCUUUCAACUGGGCCAUUCACGCUCGCAACGGGACUCUUCACCCUCCUGUGGGUAUGGAAGUUUCCAACUUGGAAUCUACGCAGAAAGACCUAUGGGCCAUCUGUAGCAUGCCGUAUCGUGUACAAGUCCCGCGCUACAUACAAAACAUGA